AUGUCAGCCACAGAUCCAUCCCUCCACACAGGUCCACCCAUCGCCGCCAACCCACCGUCAAAACUAUCGCCCAAGAUGCGGGACGUCCUCAAGACCGAAGAACUCGAAAUUCCAUCCAACGUCGAAAUCACCGUCAAGUCGCGGAUUAUCACAGUGACGGGCCCCCGUGGAACACUGACCAAAAAUGUCCGACACGUCGAUAUGGACAUCCAGGUGGUGAAGGACAAAACGGUGAAGGUCACUCUGGCUGUGUGGCAGGGAGGCAGGAAGCAUGUCGCUUGUCUGAGGACCAUUCGCAGUCUCAUCAACAACAUGGUUAUCGGCGUCACCAAGGGAUUCCGAUACAAAAUGCGUGCCGUCUACGCCCAUUUUCCGAUAAAUUGCAUCAUCCAAGAUGACGGCCAUGCCGUCGAAAUACGUAACUUCUUGGGCGAGAAGACCGUAAGACACGUCAACAUGUUGGCUGGUGUUGAGGUUUCGGAAUCGAAAGCCCAAAAGGAUGAGCUCAUCCUCGAGGGCAAUGAUGUCGACAACGUCUCACAAUCAGCUGCUUCCAUCCAGGGCAUCUGCCGAGUUCGCAACAAGGAUAUCCGUAAAUUCUUGGACGGUAUCUAUGUGUCGGAGAAGGGCACGGUUGCUUCAGAUUAG